AUGGAAUUAUGUUGUGACUGGGGUGGUAUGUACAAUAACCCAAACUUAACUGAAGCUACACGUAGUAGACAAAGAAGCACCAGGUUAAUUGAUUGUCCCUUUGAAUUGUACACGGCUCGACAUGAUGGUUUAUGGCAUCUGGAACAGUUAGAAAGUGUUGCAGUGAUAACUACCGCUGGUUCACAUUCUCGGGAAAUUAUUUCAACCCUUCAACAAAAUAAUGAAUCAACGCUAGUCAUUAAUAGACCAAGGCCCAGAGUUAUUGUAACAGACAGGAAGUUGGCUCUUAUGAAUGCUCUUGAAACAUUUUUCUCCGAUUCAGUAAAUUUGCUUUAUGUGUGGCACAUAAGCAAAAAUAUUUUAAAAAAUUGCAGGUCGCAAUUUCCAAAAGACACAAACAAUGAAGACAAUGAGUGGAAUGACUUUCUCAGAAGAUGGAAUGAUAUUAUUACUGAUGUUAUAUCCUAUCUUGAAGAAACUUGGAUGCCAUGGAAAAAGUGGUUUGUAAAAACUUGGACUAAUGAAAUUCUUCACCUAGGAAUAACAGUGACUUCUCGUAUUGAAGGCUCACAUGCAGUUCUUAAAGCAUACUUACAAACAUCAGCAAGAGACCUUCAUUGGGUUUGCAUGACAAUUACUCUAGCUGUAACUAACCAAAAAAAAGAAAUUGAUUCAAUAAUUGAGUCAGAGCAUAUUCAUAUUCCAAUUUUUGCAUGCAACAAUUCUUUAUAUGCAAAUCUUAGAGGCAAAGUCUCAGCUUUUGCCUUCAAAAAAAUAAAUAAGCAGUAUCAGCGAAUUACUUUGCAAAAACAACUGCCACCAUGUACCAGGUCUUUUUCAAGAACAAUAAGUUUGCCUUGUGCUCAUUACAUCCAAAAUUUAGAUGCUAAUCAGAGUAUACCACUCGAAAAUAUUUAUAAACACUGGUGGAUUCAAGAGUGCCCACCGAUACCACAAAUUAGAAAAAACAUUUUACAUCAUGAAGAUCUACUAGAGCCUCUUUUGCAAAACCUAGAGGAAAGAUACCAAGAAUGGUCUGAACAUCAACGAGUGGCUGCUAGAGAAACAUUAAAUAAUAUGAUUGAUUCCCCAAUAAUGGCUUUGCGAGACCCUCAAGUAGUUCGCACUAAAGGACAUCCUUCUGAUGCUUCAAAUCACCGACCAACCAACACUACAAAAAGAGAUCCUUUUGGAUUUGAAUUUGUUGACCAUAAAACAAGACAAUGUUCUCUUUGUAAACAGCCCAGGCACAAUGCACAUACUUGUCUAAAUAGGAGUAGUACAAAUUAA